CUGGCUGGUCAGGAUCGACCCGUGGCUCUGGCCAAUGCCAACGCCAUGCUGAGGAGGUGGAUUUGUGCUGCGAGUCCUUCUCUCUCCAUUCUCUCGGCUCACUUUCUUGUGCCCGCUCUCUUUUCUUCCUCCUCUCCUUUUGCCACUCCCUUCCCUCUUCCGCUUCAGGUAGCAGCACCACUCAUCUUUGGCUGGCUUAUUGUUGCCUUUGGCCCACUGAUUUGUGCCAGAGCAUGUGUUGCCCUCGUUGCUCUCUCCCUCCCUGCCCUGCUCGCCCUCACCAUGCUCACCAACCGCCUCUCCCACGGAGCUCUCAGCAGACCUCGACCUGAGAAGUCUGAGAAUGAUUGCCAAAGCGGAGAUAAGACUUCAAACGAGUGUAAUGGGAAUGUUCCCAUGACUGAUCUAAAGUCGAAGCAGCAUAAGCCCUCCGCGUCCCCCGCAUCGUCCUCACUACUCCACUCCUAUGAGGGGUCCUAUGAGGGGUCCUAUGAGGGGUCCUAUGAGGGGUCCUAUGAGGGGUCCUAUGAGGGGUCCUAUGCACUUCACUCCUUCUCCCCUCCAUCCUCGCCCCUCCUCCCCCUUCUCGCCUCGUCUGCUUUCGGCAGCAGCGCUCCAGCUACAGGAGUAGCACCUUCCUUGGCACUAUGCUGCCACUGCUCGUCCUUGCACCCUGUUCCCGGUGCGGCCUACGUGCUGCUCUUCUUCUAUGCUGUGCUGUCAUCGGGGGCCUUCUCAUGUCGUUCUCAACAUGGUAAGAAUCUUCAUCUCAUCUCGAGUCAUGCCUACGUGCAGCAGGCUGUGAUGCCCGCCAGUGCCGCCUACGUGCUGCUCUUCUUCAAUGCAGUGCUGUCACCAGGGGGGCUUCUGACAUCUUUCCUCUCCCAACACGGCGUGCAGAUGUCAGUGAUAGGGGCCUUCAGGGGCGCCUGUGCUGCCACGGGAUUUGCCGCCACCUUUGUUUCGCCACCGCUCGUGGCACGUCUGGGUGUGCUACAGUGCAGAGUGGUGCAGUGUGGUGCAGUGCGGGGCCAUGGGUUGUGGCGGGGUGCUGUGUGGUACAAUGGUGUGCAGUGGGAGGCGAAUGGACUGUUCAUGCUGGCAGUGCUGCUCUCUUCUUCCAUGCAUCCCUCCCUCCCCACCCUCGCAUCUUUGCCCUUCUCCCUCUCUCACACACGCUCCCACACCCCCCCAGUCCCAUCACUCCCCCAGUCCAUCACUCCCCCAGUCCCAUCACUCCCCAGUCCCAUCACUCCCCCAGUCCCAUCACUCCCCCAGUCCCAUCACUCCCCAGUCCCAUCACUCCCCCAGUCCCAUCACUCCCCCAGUCCCAUCACUCCCCAGUCCCAUCACUCCCCCAGUCCCAUCACUCCCCCAGUCCCAUCACUCCCCAGUCCCAUCACUCCCCCAGUCCCAUCACUCCCUCCUUAUCCACCUCUCCCUUGCCCACUCGUCAUUCCAAGAUGUCCCGCACAGUUGCCAUCGCUGGCAGUGCUGCACUUGUCUUCCAAGCCCUUCUCCUCUCCUGGACGUUGCAGGGAGUUCUUGAGAAUUCUCAAAAACUCCCUGGCAGUGCUGCGCUUGUCUUCCAAGCCCUUCUCCUCUCCUGGCCCCCGUAACCCGCUCACAUUCACACACGCACUUUUCUCUUACUUCCCCUCCCCCCGAACCCCCUCUCCACCCCAGGCUGGCAGUGCUGCUCUUGUCUUCCAAGCUCUCCUCCUUGCCCUCGCAGUGGGAAUCUUCUCCUCUCUCUCACACUGCCCUCCGGUGCUGCAGCAGGGGCUGAUGCUACUCUUCCUCUUGCUCGUCGUGCUUUCCCGAGUGGGCCAUUGGACGUUUGAAAUCGUCGACUCUCAGAUCAUCCAAACAGCCAUCCCCCCCGCCUCGGCCAAUCUCAUCGGAACCACCGAAAUCGCCCUCGCCAGCCUGGCGGAGCUACUAAUGCUAGGAAUCGCCAUAGUCGUUCACGAUCCUAAGCACUUUGCGGCUCUCGCUGCCAUGUCCAUGGCGGCUGUUUUUGCUGCGGCUGGGGUUUACUGCUCCUGGCUGGCUCGGCCCGACCCGAGGAUUCAGAAGCUGUUCCCGAACCAGCCGGAGGUUCGGUGGGGAGAGGUGUUUGGGAGGUGGGGGAACGGAGGGGGGAGGAAGUGA